AUGAACGGGCUCAUCCUUCAUGAAGUCGGACACGCCUAUCAGGCAGAGUUCGGUGUACUCCAUCGCAACAUAACGGUUCCUGCUGACUAUUAUCUCUGGAAGCUUUUCAUAGAAGGCGUCGCCAUGGUGUUUGAACAGGAAACCGUAGGAAAAACAGAUUAUUAUCACCAGGAUAAAAAUGGAUGGAAAACAUGGUGUGAAGAGAACCUGCACUUUAUUGCCACCAGUUUUGAGGCUGACCGUCAUAUCAUGACAAAAGAAAGCCAGCGCUACUUUGGCGAUUUGGUCCAUUUUGACGGAUAUCCAGACACCGGCUAUUAUCUUGGAACACGAUUUGUCAGAUUCCUGAUGAACACAUCAGGAUUCGACGAAAUUAUUCACUUUGAUGUAGAAACAGUGAAUACAUAUUUCCAGAAAUAUCUGUCUGAGUAA